UGCCCACUUCCAAAAUGGCGUUCAUGGCCACGCCGAAAAUGCAGCGUGAAGCCGCAGUUCUGCCAUCACUCAAGAUGGCUGCCCCCAUCAAGAUGACCGGGGUGUGCCGGGGGGAUAGGGGCUGCACGAUGCUCUGAGACGGUCUAGCGUCGGACCAUGUGGAAGUUUCUGGGAUUGGGGAGCCGGAUGAUGGGAGGUGGGGCCCGUGGGGGGUAGAGGGAGGAAUAGCAUCCUUUCCCAGGCUAACCCCUGCCCCUCCCCGUCCUCUGGACUGAAAUGGGGAACACGCUGGGCCUGGCACCGAUUGGGGCUUUGCCCCGCCGGAGCCCCCGUCGAGAGGAACCUCUGCCCAACCCCGGGAGCUUCGAUGAGCUGCACCGGCUAUGCAAAGACGUAUUCCCAGCACAGAUGGACGGAGUGAAGCUCGUGGUCAACAAGGUUCUGAGCAGCCAUUUCCAGGUGACUCACGCCGUGCACAUGAGCACCCUGGGGCUGCCGGGCUACCACCUCCACGCGGCCUAUGCGGGGGACUGGCAACUCAGCCCCACUGAGGUGUUCCCCACCGUGCUAGGGGAUUUGGACAGCAGUGGCAGCCUUAACGCCCAGGUCCUGCUCCUCUUGGCAGAGCGGCUCCGAGCCAAGGCUGUCUUCCAGACACAGCAGUCCAAGUUCCUGACAUGGCAGUUUGAUGGCGAGUAUCGGGGUGGUGACUACACGGCCACGCUGACCCUGGGAAACCCUGACCUGAUUGGGGAAUCGGUGAUUGUGGUCGCUCACUUCCUGCAGAGCCUCACUCAUCGGCUGGUGUUGGGAGGGGAGCUGGUUUAUCACCGACGGCCAGGAGAAGAGGGAGCCAUCCUGACCCUGGCCGGGAAGUACUCGACUGUACACUGGGUGGCUACACUGAAUGUGGGAUCAGGUGGGGCCCAUGCCAGCUAUUACCACAGAGCGAAUGAGCAGGUUCAGGUUGGAGUGGAGUUUGAGGCAAACACAAGGCUACAAGACACAGCCUUUUCCUUUGGCUACCAUCUGACCCUGCCCCAGGCCAACAUGGUGUUUAGAGGCAUGGUCGACAGUAACUGGUGCGUGGGCGCCGUGCUGGAGAAGAAGAUGCCCCCACUGCCCGUCACCCUGGCCCUUGGCGCCUUCCUCAAUCACUGGCGCAACCGAUUCCACUGUGGCUUCAGCGUCACUGUGGGCUGAGGUCGUCCCAGAGCCCCCACAGCAGCUGCAACCCCUGAGUCAGGUGCCCCCGGGCCAGAAAUGAGCCCCUCUCCGGAGCCCCCCUUGCUGGGUGACCUCGAGUUUCCGGGAGCAGAGUGGGGGACAGCACCGUGCCCUCCUCAGAACUGGAGCUGGGGAGGCAGUGGCUGGAGGCUCCCCCUCUGCCGCCAGCCCCAGCAUCAUCCUCUCAUGUUUGUGCCUCUGGACGGCGGGAGGAGGGUUAGGGUGUAUGUGUGGCCCAGCUGUCCCCCGUCACUCUGCCCCUCACUUCCCUGUGGAUUAAAGCACCUCGCCUCUUCCUCAUCAGA